UAGACUCUAGACAAAUAUUAAUCACAUAAAAGUACAGCUUAAUGUAUUAAAUAAGUAUAUAAAAUACGUUAAUAUUGGAAUCUGCACGCGCCAGGAAGGCGUGUGUAGAUGUAGUUAAAAUGUCUACACUGAGGAAUAGCGUUCUAUUCCCGUUGUAAAUAUGAGUAUACAAAAGGUUUUAGUAACCCUUAUCGCAUAUAUCGCAACCUUAAACCUAUGCUAUGCUGCUGGAGAAGACCUCCAUCUUGAAGAGGAGGCACUCCUAGAAGAAAUAUUCACAGAGGCAUAUAUGAUUGCCCCUGAAGUGACCGAUGGAUCGUGGAAUCAAAAACGAGCUUUUGCGAGACUUGUAACAAACGUAGCUGCAACAUUCGAUGUGGACGGUUACAGAUGGAUGCUCGGAAUUAUUAAAGGUAGAAGAGCUACCGAAAGAUUCACACAAGCCAUGAUACAUCCGUCAUUCAGCCAGCCUCAUUGUGAUCAAGGAAGCUGGGUCAGUCCCGCCCAUACCUUUGGAGAUAUGACCAAGUUUCCAGGAGGACCUUUCAGAGGAGGUUCUGGAUAUGACCUAGUUCGGUGGAUGGGAAACAUGUAUACCAAUGUACACUCACCAGCGUCUGCCGAAACACCCGGAGUGGAAAAUAUGAUCUUACAAGGAUUGCAACAAGUCAAAGGCAUAUUGCAAACCGUUGUGGCAAUCAUAGUCGAUAUCGUACCACCACCGAUCAUUGGACAGAACCUACCGUGCCUGCCAAUGCUCACCGGUAUGAAUUGCUUGGGAUCUGUUUUGUACCCUAUAUCGGCAACCGAUUUCGUAAUGGCAGAUAUCACGGACUCUGUGAUGAAUGGAGUCAUAUCAUCAUUUCCCGCCAAGUAUGCAGCAAAGGUUGGACACACGAGCGAUGCACAGUAUUAUCUGUGCGCUACCAUAUACCUGGGAAUGUACUGUGCAAGUUUAUUCCCAAUCUGCAUGACGGGAGCGGCUAACGUAACGCAAACAUUCCCACUGUGCUUCGUACAAUGUAUAGGCACGCUAAUAGCAUGCCCAGGAUUCUGGAUGGAUGAUAUUGAAAUACCAUGUAGCAAUCUGUCAGUACCACCCUUCUGCUCUUUCUCCGUUUUUGUGAACUAUUUCAGAAUACCGCCGCAGUAUACCAACUACGACCAAUCGCACUUAUACCCAGAAGGAUGCCCGCAGUACGAUCCUAAUUUAGAUACACCAAGGGACCUUUAUGAAAAGAAGGGGCCGCCUGAAUCGGCAAUUGCAAAGGCAGCAAAAGAAAAACCCAUGGAAGAAUUCAAUCUACAGCCGCAACAAGUUGAAGAACUCGCCGGAGCUUGUGAUUGCGAAGCCAUCAGGGAUAUCUGCAAACUGCACAUACCGUACCCAGUUUAUGUUAACGCUGAUGUAAACACCUCAGAAACACACUACGAGGUACCAGCACGCAUCAACGAGCAAGAAAAACGGUGUUGCGAAGAAUGCAAACCCAUAUGGGACAUUUUAGAAAACGAAGCCUUGUAAUAGAACAACUACUCGCCAGACAAGACUGUAACAUGUUUUAAAUUUUAGAU